AUGCCUGUACACCAAAACGCCGAACUCCUCGCUCCCCCACCGAAGUCCGAUCGAUGGCCCGUUAUGAUGUUUUCCCACGGACUGGGAGGCACACGGAACGCAUACUCGCACAUCUGCGGGUCGCUUGCAAGUCAUGGAAUCGUAGUGGUAGCGGCAGACCAUCGCGAUGGCAGUUCGCCUCUCGCCAUCCACCACACGCCGGAGGAGAAGCAGAAGACGAAGCGCGUCGACUACCGGUCCAUUGCGCAUAAGGCGAGCACAGAAGUAUACGAAGCACGAGACGAGCAACUGAAGAUACGGCUAUGGGAGUUGGGCAUGAUGCACGACGCGGUCUUGAAAAUCGACGAAGGACGUAAACUCAAGAUCGUAGCCCAAGACCAACCCAAGGGAAAGAACCUACUCAGCAUGUUCUCCAACAUCCUCAACAUCCACGAGCCCGGCUCCAUCAGCUACGCAGGCCACUCCUUCGGCGCAUGCACAAUGGUGCAAUUCGUAAAAUCCGUCUACCACCGCCCUUCCACCCCAACCCCAGGCUACAAACCCCUCUACACCCCCUCCUCAGACUCCAGCCUAGUCCAACAAAUCACACCCAGCAACUCCGUCACCCUCCUCGACCUCUGGACCCUCCCCAUCCAAAGCCCCGCCACAAGCUGGCUCCGCUCCAAACCCAUGCCCUGCUACGAUGCCCCCUCUGGCGGCAAGAACCUGCUAGCCAUCGCCUCCGAAGGCUUCUACAACUGGUCCUCCAACUUCCGCGAAACGAAAUCCAUCUUAUCUCCUCCUUCUCCCCAAUCUUCGAAACACACAAACCAACCUGGUCCCCACAUCUUCUACCCCAUCGCCUCAGCGCACCUCUCCCAAUCCGAUUUCGGCGUCCUGUUCCCCUGGGUCACAACCAAGGUUUUCGGCGCAAAGGAACCUGAACGCGUACUGAGACUCAACACACGCGCGAUACUGCAGAUGCUAAGGGAGAACGGAGCGAGGGUUGCGAAUACGAGUGCGGCGGAUUUGGAAUUGGAGGAUGAGCCCGGCCCGGCGAAGGGCUGGAAUUUGGUUAAUGAUACUACGAUUUUGAGUAGGACGAAGGAUAGUGUGAGGGGGUGGGUUAAUAUUAGUGUGGAUGGGGAGGAGAGGAGGGGGGAGGAGAAGGUUAUGAGCCCGUUGGAGAAGGUGGGGAGUGCUGGGAAGGGGCCCGGGGAUGCUGUGGUUGAGGGGGAGGCGCUGGGGCAGGUUGUUGAGGGGAAGGCUUGA